AUGCUUUCCCACGCCGACCUGCUGGACGCUCGGCUCGGGAUGAAAGAUGCCGCGGAGUUACUCGGACACCGAGAGGCCCUCAAGUGCCGGCUGGGAGGCGUCGUGCCGGAUCAGGGCCAUGACAUGGCUCCCGGUCCGGACUCUGUCGAGGGGACCACUCUCCUGCCCGGAGAAGACAUCUCCGCCGUCGGAUCCAACCCCGCGGCCAUGCCGGUGAACGGCAAAGAGCAGGAGAAGCAGCAGCAGCAGCAGCAGCAGCAGCAGCAGCAGCAGCAGCAGCAGCAGCAGCAGCAGAGCUCCGGCCAGUCGGCGAACCAGCAGAAACAGAAGCGGCACAGGACGCGCUUUACGCCGGCGCAGCUCAACGAGCUGGAGCGCAGCUUCGCCAAGACGCACUACCCGGACAUCUUCAUGAGGGAGGAGCUGGCGCUGAGGAUCGGCCUCACCGAGUCCCGCGUGCAGGUCUGGUUCCAGAACAGACGCGCCAAAUGGAAGAAGAGGAAGAAGACGACUAACGUUUUCCGCGCGCCGGGGACGCUGCUGCCCACCCACGGCCUGCCUCAGUUUUCCGCCGCGGCGGCCAUGGAGAACAGCCUGUGCUCCUUCCACGCCAACGACUCCCGCUGGGCGACGGGCAUGCCCGGCGUCUCCCAGCUGCAGCUCCCGCCGGCCUUGGGCCGACAGCCGGCCAUGGCGCAGUCUUUGUCACAGUGUAGCCUGGGACCGGGUCCGCCGCCCAAUUCCAUGGGCCUAUCCAACGGCCUGUCCUCCAACGGCUCUGGUCUGCAGUCCCAUCUCUACCAGACGCCCUUUCCCGGAAUGUCGGCGUCUCUCUCCGGCCCCACAAACGUAUCGGGCUCGCCGCAGCUGUGUAGCUCCCCGGACAGUGACAUGUGGAGAGGGACAAGCAUCGCGUCGCUGCGGCGCAAAGCGCUGGAGCACACAGUGUCCAUGAGUUUCACCUAG